GAGUCAAUUUAUUUCACCAAGAAAACUGAUAUUCUACAGGUUAACAAUGAGUCCAGAUCUAGUCCAUCUAUUGGCGGUUCAAUGUUUUCCGGUUGACCUUGCUCUUUUUUGUUUUCAUCUAAGUACAUCUUUGCCAAUAAUUUUUCCUAUUCAUUCAUUUUCAUCAUCAAACAUAUUGCUGGUUACAUAGACCUGCGCGAUUAUCAAAUUGUUGUGCUAACUGUUCAGCAAACACCACAGGUUUUGGCUUAUCAACAGAUAGAGUUGAGGGUUGAAAAAUUGAAAGCUUAAAAGUUUAACUUAAACUUGGAAAAAAGUGCAAAUUAUGUUAAUUUGGAUUGUUAAGUUGCCUUUAUUUAGGUUUAUUUAGGUUUAUUUGGGUUUAUUUUGUUUAAAACUGGUGCUUAUUGGACUGUUGAUUGGUGCAAUCCACAAGUGAUGAUAAGUGUGGUGUUUAGUGGACAAAAGUGAAUGCAAGUUUAACUUUAUGACAAAGCCAUGGAUGAUGAUGAUUCAAGUGAGCAAAGUGUUUCUAUUGAACCUUCUCAAGGAUCGUUCAAUUUGAGAAAAAUAACUACAAAGUUAUUUAAUUUUUCACAAAUUUCAAAUGGAAAGUGUCAAUAUUAUGGUGAAAAUGAGUGUACAAAGGUGGAUAUCUGUUCCUCACAAGAAAGGAUUAAUGAACGAGGUGAAUGGGAUAAAAAGAUUGACUUUUUAUUAUCCAUUAUUGGAUUUGCUGUUGAUCUUGCCAAUGUUUGGCGUUUUCCUUAUUUAUGCUACAAAAAUGGAGGAGGAGUCUUUUUAAUCCCAUAUACUCUGAUGUUAAUUUUUGGAGCCUUGCCUCUCUUUUUCCUGGAACUAUCUUUGGGACAAUUUGCUAGAUCAGGUCCCAUAAGUAUUUGGGAUAAAAUGUAUCCGGCAGCUAAAGGUGUUGGUUACUGUGCUGUUCUAAUCUCGUGGUAUGUUUCAUUUUAUUAUAAUGUAAUCAUUGGUUGGACAAUAUAUUACAUCAUUACAACGAUUACUUCAGGAGAUUUACUUCCGUGGCAGCAUUGUGAUAACGAAUGGAACACUGAGAAUUGUUUUGCCGUCAAUAAGAUUAUAAACUGUGAAAACUGUACCAACCUGAUACCAUCAAAUACCUUGUCAACAGCAGCUCAAGAAUUUUUUGAACGCAAAUUAUUGCAAGUCGAUUCUUCCAAAGGUUUCAAUGAGCUUGGAAAUUUAAGACCCGAGAUGGUUGGUUGUGUCGCAUUCACUUUUAUUUUGCUCUACUUUGCACUCUGGAAAGGUGUUAAAUCAUCUGGAAAGGUUGUUUGGGUCACUGCCACAGCACCUUAUAUUAUACUUACAAUCUUGCUGAUUAGAGGAGUUUUCCUACCCGGAGCAGGCACGGGAAUCGCAUACUACCUGAGCCCAAGACUAGAAAAGCUUCAACAGCCAGGAGUUUGGGUAGAUGCUGCUGUUCAAGUCUUUUACUCAAUCGGAGUUGGCUUUGGAGUUCAUCUUACAUAUGCAUCAUUCAAUAAAUUUAACAAUAAUUGUUACAGAGAUGCACUUUUAACAGCUUGUAUAAAUUCAUGCACAUCAUUUUAUUCUGGUUUCGUUAUAUUUGUCUAUCUUGGUUACAUGGCUCAAAGUUUACAAGCUGAUAUUUCGACAGUUGCUAAAGAAGGUUAUGGCUUGGUUUUUCAAGUUUAUCCUGAAGCAAUUUCAACUCUACCUCUAGCUAAACUCUGGUCCAUACUUUUUUUUGUUAUGUUAGUUACUCUUGGUCUUGACUCAGCGAUGGGUGGCUUGGAAGCUGUAAUAACCGGUAUCACCGACGAGUGGAAAAUAAAGAAAAUUAGUCGAGAACGAUUAACAGCAAUGGUUUUAUUCGCCUCGUUUCUUGUUUCAUUAAUCAACUGUACUCAGGGUGGUGGAUAUACAAUGGUAUGGUUUGAUAGUUAUGCGGCUGCAGUUUCCUUAUUGUGUUCUGCCUUAUUUGAAGCUUUAGCUAUAGUUUAUGGAUAUGGAAUCAAUCGUUUUUGUCUCGAUAUCGAAUCCAUGCUUGGAUUUAGACCGGCCUUUUUCUGGAAAAUUUGUUGGAAAUACAUUUCACCAUUUUUCCUAAUAUGCAUUAUAACUCUCUCUUGUUUACAACCUGAACCAAUUAUAUUCAUGGAUUAUGUAUUCCCUUCCCAAGCUAAUAUUUUGGGAUGGAUAUUUGGAUUUUCAUCUGUAAUUCCGAUUCCCGUUAUUGGAAUCUUCCAUCUUCUCAAAUAUUGUCUUUUUAAACAGACUGACAUAGGAAUGAACGUGGUUAGAGAUCGAAAAGUAAUUGGCUUACCUUUUCAAUCAGCAGUUUACAUUUAGAAAUUCAACAUUAAACGAUUCUACAAUGAACAAAAAUGAUGAAGUUUAU